AUCGCCACUUCCUCAAAAUGUAAACAGAAGUGAACUGCUAGUUUGUCAACAUAAGAUAUGUGAGCAGGAGAAUAUAACUUGUUUUGGUCAUAUUAAAAACACUUCGGAGAAACUCCAGCAUUUGUGCUGAGAUGGGUUCUGCUCCGUGGCUGAUGGAAUGGAUACUAAAGGGACUGACGAGGUGGAGAAGCUGAAGUCCAAGUUCAUGUCAGCAUGGCACAAUGUGAAAUACAGUUGGGCUCUUAAAACAAAAACUGCAUUCAGCCGUAAUUCUCCUGUUUUCUUGUUAGGGAAAUGCUACCAUUUCAAGGCUGUGGAUGACGAAAGCCCUACGGAGAGUUGUACUGCUGAUGCAUUAGACGACAAUGUUGUCAUGGGCAACGUUGAUGGAUUUCGAAGGGAUUUCACCUCACGAGUGUGGCUGACCUAUCGAGAAGAAUUUCCCGCCCUUCCUGGCUCCACCCUCACUUCAGACUGUGGGUGGGGUUGUACACUUCGGGCAGGGCAGAUGAUAUUAGCCCAGGGUCUCUUGCUUCACAUCUUGGGUAGAGACUGGACCUGGGCAGAGGCACUGACCUUGGAGCCCCUGGAUACAGAGACAUGGACCAACAGUGCAGCACGGAAACUGGUGGCUACAUUAGAGGCCUCUGUUCAGGGAGAAAGAGCACAGGUCACCCAGCCUCUCUGCCCUGCUCAUGGAGGAGCUGAGAAGGCUGACUCCUACCUGAAAAAGUUGGAGUUAAAAGAUCACAUGUACAGUGAUGAUGUUAUUGAUAGCCAUUCAGGCCAGAUGGACAGCCACAGUGAUCCUCAUGGACUCAAUACUGGAGUUGCUCCUGAUAGUAGGGCUGUCAUCAUCCUUAUUCCCGUGAGACUGGGUGGAGAGAAAAUCAACCUAGAAUACUUCAGUUUUGUCAAGAGCAUAUUAAACGUAGAGUACUGUAUCGGCAUCAUUGGUGGAAAGCCUAAACAGGCCUACUAUUUUGUCGGAUUUCAAGAUGACAGCUUGAUUUACAUGGACCCUCAUUACUGUCAGUCUUUUGUGGAUGUCAGCACAAGCGAUUUCCCUCUGCAGUCUUAUCAUUGCCCAUCACCGAAGAAAAUGGCUUUCAAUAAAAUGGACCCAAGCUGUACAAUUGGAUUCUACUCAAAAAACGUCGAACACUAUGAAAGAAUUAGCAACGAACUGUCAAAGAUAUUGUAGCCUUCAUCGAAAGAGAAAUAUCCUGCAUUCACCUUUAUGAAAGGACAUGUGAAGGAUUAUGAGCUUUCCGUUUCUGUAGAAAAGAGAGAAUGGCCGUUCGUCAGGGACACAAGGAAAGCCGGGGUGACAUCUGGAGGCUUUGUUCUGCUCUGAGAGAAAGCUUUAAACCAAGCCCAAGUGAUACACCACAAAUCAGGACUACAAUUGUAAAUCUGGAUCUUUCUUGAUACAACACUGUGGACCUAAAAUAUAGGGCCCUGUGCCACCUUGGUCAUGCAUGUCAUUUCAGAAAAGGCCAAAUUAAAAGACUUGUUGUGGUGCAUGCACUAGCUUCACAAAGUUGGAACACUUGAGUGAAGCUAUGUAUCAAUAUUGGUGUCACAUUUAGAGCUGUAAUAUCCCGUAUUUGGCUGGUCUAUAUGUGUUUGAAAGCAAAAGUUAAUGUAGAUGUUUUGUUUAAAGUCUAGACACUGGAAUGCUCCAUAACCCUUCACAGAUCACAGCUCAUAGCCUCUCUCACACAAUACUAUAUGGAAGUUUGGAUCCAUUUACUGCAAAUAUUUCAGUGCUUAUACAUGCAUUUUGUAAUUCAACAACAAGUUUUCAACUAGAAUCACAUCAUUUCUCUCUGGGUAAAUCUAACUUAUUUUUUUAAUAAUGAAUCAAAUUAUAGAUGUAUUUUCCUUUUUUAAAAGGUACACAUAAUAUUGUGAUUUAUCAGAUGAAGGUUAAUUAUUACUAACUUGGGUUUUGUUGACUGGAAGGACAAUGUGCCUUCAGUGUGGAGUAGAAAACACUGUAUCCCUUAAGACAACAUACAGAGCCUAAAUUAACAUGUCAUGGUACCUGUUGAAAUUAUAUUUAGCAGUGGCAGCUUGAUUAAAAUAGGCCUCUCUGCUGCCAGCAUUUUAAGAAAUAUUAAAGUCAUUGAGUCCUCAAGUCUACGUAGGGAUCACUUUAUUAUUUACAAAUGGUAAAAAGCAGGACAUGAAUUAGUAUGAAUCAAAUGCAUAAAUAUUUAUAUUACAUUUGUUUUUUAAAUUAUUAUUAUAAUUUUUUUUUUUAUUCGUUAUUUAAUUGUAGGGACUAUUUCAGCAAAAUUGUUAACAUAUAAGAAGAUAUUGUGCUUUCAUUUCCAGAUGUUAUAAGUAACUUAAAAAUGUUUUUAGAAACACCUUGGAAUCACAGCACGUGUCAUUAAACAGAAAUGUAACACUAGCUCUUGCACACAGUGUUCACAUAUUGUAUGUAACUAACCUAGUUUUGUUAUCUGCUAUUUAUGCAGACCUAGUAAUUAUACUGUUUUAAUAAUAUGGAUUUUAUAGUAACUUUGAAUAAAACAAUGUAUUUUAGUACCAGUUGCCAAAACCAUUUUGCACAAUGAACAUUUCAGUUGUAUAAUUUGUUGAUUAUUAAUGCACAAUAAAUCUAAUUGUUGAACAGGCAGUACUCAGUUUACUGUAAUUACCAACAUGAAAGUUUUUUUCUUGUGUAGCUACAUUCUUACAUUCUUUAAUAAACAGCAA